CCUUUUUCCAUUAUACUGUUUAUGUUACUUCAUCAUAGGUAACAAAGGAUAAGAAGUUUCGCAGUAAAGAAUUACAAGCUUCACAAUCCGUAUAAAGACAUAGAGAAGAACCCGAGUACCUGCCAACAGCGAUAUACUCAAAAUGAUGAAUUUUAUGCGAGGAUCCAUGUUACGCCAAGUACAAUCGAGUUCUCUACGAUUCUCCCGCCUCGGGUUUCGUAAUGCAACUACAGCUACUGCUUCUGUUCGCCCUCCUAUUCAAUUGCAUGGUCUAGAUGGUGUUUAUGCUACUUCUCUUUACACUGCUGCUGUAAAAGAAUCCAAGUUGGACCGUGUUGAAAAAGCUUUGACUACCUUGGGAGCUACUUUGAAGGAACGCCCAGAGUUUGCCCAGUUUAUUGCUAAUCCCUCCAUUAAUUAUGAGGACAAGAAAUUGAUUGUAUCUUCCUUAAGCAAGAUGACUGGCGGUGAUGCCUUGUUGAGUAACUUUUUCAACAUCUUGUCCGUAAACAAUCGUUUGUCAAUGCUUGAUCGUAUUGAAAAUCAAUUCCAAAAGAUUAUGCGUGUCCAGCGUGGUGAAGUCGAGGUAACUAUCACUUCCGCUGCUCCUUUGGACUCUAAGACUUUGUCCCGCUUGGAAUCCAAGAUCGCAAAGUCCAAGUAUGGCAAGGGUAAACUGUUAGUUAGCAACAAGGUUUCUCCUUCCAUUCUCGGCGGUCUUAUUGUGGAAAUCGGAGACAACAUCCUUGACGUGAGUAUUUCUUCUCGUGUCAACCAUUUGAACAAACUGAUGACAGAUGCCAUUUAAACGUUUCUACAAUCUUUCUUUUGAGCAUGUUUACUUGUCAUGCUUACUGGACAUUUGUCAACGCAGAAUUUCCUACGCUCCUCUCCUCAUCUUGACAGGUCUGAAAUUUACUUAAUUAUCUUCUUUCUUUAUUCUCGCAGUGUCCACUUAUAAUCGAUCGUUCAUUCGGUUGAGUGGCAUUCUUGGGUUUGCUGAAUAUGUGCUUAUGUUUGUUUCAAAUGCAGUGCCAUAUCCGUAAAGCUAUAGCAUGCCGAAUAUGGCUUUCUAGCGGUUGUUAUUUGAUCUUAUAUUGAAUACAAAUUUUUCUUUGGAACAAACAAGAUAACCACUCAGAUCAUAGCAUUUUAUAUAGUAAAUCAUUGAAGGAAGAUUUGUUUUAUGACUUAAGCUCGUUCAUCUUUCCACUGAACUACAAAGCUGUUGACUCUGUAUGAAAAGCUUGGAAUUUCAUUCCAAUAUUCGUUCAUACAUAGAAAGACUUAACGUAUUCGUAGUUUCAAUCAACCCUAAAUUUCAUGC